CUUGCACAUUCUCUCUCUUUCAAGACAUCAUGAAGAAACUGGUAUUAGAUGCUGAAACCUCUCCUAAAGCCUAUCCUUCCUCUUCUCUUGACAAUUCUCAUAUCAGAGCUUCUAGGAGCCGAUCAUCUGAUAAUCUUCCUGCUAUAAGCUUGAAAUCCCCCUUGGUUAGGCCUUAUGUUCGAUCAAAAAUGCCUCGCCUUCGAUGGACUCCUGAUCUUCACCACUGUUUUGUACAUGCAGUCGAAAGGCUUGGUGGAGAAGACCGUGCUACUCCAAAGAUGGUUUUGCAGAUAAUGAAUGUGAAGGGGCUUACCAUAUCUCACGUAAAGAGCCAUCUUCAGAUGUACAGAAGCAUGAAGCAUGAGCAGAUGAUACAAGAAGCGGCUUUGGCAGCAAAGAAGAACCAUAAGGCUCCUGGGAUUCACCAUUCAGCCUAUUUCUCACACCUGGACUCUAUGAGUUGCCAUCAGAAUCAUCAUCAGUUGGAAGACAAGGGAUUCAAUAACAAUUUACUACUCUAUCAAGCAGGCCAUGGAGCUCAUAACCCCAGUUACAAGCUUGCUCUUAAUAAUACUAGCAUCACAACACAAAGUGUAUAUUUUUGCAGGAAAGAAAAGCAAGAGAUGUGGAUUGGAAUGAGUUUGCUAACUGAGUCAUUUUCACAUGAAGAAGUAACAAGCAAGGAAUGGGAGAAGAAGCCUGAUCCUUAUAUCAUAUUCAGUGAUCUACUCAAAAGCUUCACUGCUCAAAUUUAUGUCUCCAUGCAUUUGAUCUCUCAGAGGACUAAUGAGCAAGAUAAGAAUCAGCAGAGUUUAGAAGAUUUAACUCAGAUUGCACUGAGAAUAGAAGGGGACAAAAUGACUUCAUUACAAAACUCCAAAGCUUCAGAGUCAGUGUUGAAGCUGAGGAAAGCUGAGAAUUUAUGUGUGGAUGAUGUUUGUCUUGACCUUACUCUAGGUUAGAAAAUGAUGCUCAUGAUGAAGGAGACAGUUUGGACUUUCAUCAUCAGCUUCAUUUGCUAUGUUGCCAUGGUUUUCGUACAAAAGAUCCCACCUGGAAUGAAGCAAUCAAAGCACAGCCAUAGCUAGCCUGCCAGAGUACUGCUUCUGCUACCAAAUGGGACGUAGGGCAUCUCUGAAAUAGAGCAGCAAAUGAAGCUUAAUUACUGCGUUAGUAGGUAAUUAAGCCGAGCUUAUUUCCAAUUAAGAAUAAUCAAUAGAAUAUUCCUAGGUUGGCCCAAUGAGAACAGAAAACUUCCAACAGUUAUACAUUUACAGUUCAUAUA